CUCAGCGGGUAGGAUGCGGCGGCAUGAUCCGCUUCGUACUGCUGAUGGCGAUGCUCACAAGGGCCAUCGCCCCCCAAAACGUAACAGAAGUCCACGGCACUGAACUUGCGACCCCGCCGACAUCGCUCACCAUGCCUCCUCCGACUGUCUUCCGCAAUACAAGAAUAACAAGCAAACCUCGGCGACAAAUGAAACAUGGGAAAGGAGACUCGCCUAUGUUGAAUUACAUUUUCGAUUCAUACGCUACUAGUAAUAAACAUUUUCAUGACAAAUUCAAACCACCGUCAUUUGAAGGAGAGGAGUCUGAUGACACGAUACUCGAUGCAGAUACUGGCUCAACAGUCAUAUUCGACUGUAAAGUAACGUCGCUAAGAGAUAAAAUGGUUUCAUGGCUUAGAGUGUCUGAUGAGGAAAAUUUAGAAUUACUUACUUUAGAUCUAGAUACACACACUGCGGAUUAUAGAUACAGAAUGGAUGUAGCAGGUGACAAUUGGAGAUUAUCAUUAUCAGAUGCCAAAGUUCAGGACUCUGGUAUAUACUGCUGCCAUGUAUCUACACAUCCGCCUAUGAUAAGACGUUUUAAAUUAAUUGUACAUCCGCCGGAAAUAAGAAUGAGCAAAGAGGCUUUCUUAGAGAGCGGUGAAACCUUGUCGUUGAAGUGUUCAAUACUCCAUUUGCAUCCUGGAGACAUCGUGCCUGAAAUGCAUUGGUAUAGAGGAAACAGUACCGUGUCACUCGACGAAGUCAGAGGCGGUGUACUAGUGGAGACAGAUCAUCUGACACUUACGAGUCAUUUGCAG